CUAGGACCGAUUCCACCGUCGUGUUAAACGGAGAUUAAAAUCUCAUUGUUAAUGUAAAAAUGUCAUUUUAAACUUCGUUUAACACAACGGUGCAAUUGGUCCUUAGAUAAAGAGAAAAAUUGGCCCAGGUAAAAUGGGCUUUUUAUCAUCUGUUUAACAUAUGGAUGAGCAAUCUAUAACUAUAUAUAUCAUUGAAAAAAAAACAUCUGUGACGUAUGACGUAAGUAUAUAGUGACAUUAAUGACAAUUAAACGUCAUCAAAUAAAAACAAAUUCAGCUGUUAUACCUAAAAUUAAAAUUUAAAACUUAUUAUUUUGAUAAAUAAUUUUAUAAAUAAUCAUAAUAUUAAUUUACAUAUUAAACACAUUAUUUUUUUGAAAUGGACACUUCUGAUAGUGAGUGUUUCGAAAGUGCAGACGAAGAAUUGUAUUCUGAAGAUGAAUCAAAAAAAUGCGUAGAAACAAAACAUGUUUUAAAAGUUACAGAAGAUUUAAUUAAAUUAAACGUAAUGGAUAGGAAUAAAAAGCUAAAUGAAGAUAAAAGUAAUAAAAAUUUAGAUGCAACUUUACUUGUUAAUGAUAAUUUGAUAAAUCAAAACAUGCAUGAAUCUGUUGAAAUUGAAGAUUCGAAUAAAGAUAAUGAGAUGAAAGUUAAAGAAAUUAUACAGAAGAGUGCAGAAAUCAUUGAAGAUCUAGUGGAACCUAAAGAUAUUUCGUCAAAAAGUAUUGACACUGAUGAGGUAAAUAUAGAAAAAGAAUCAUCAUCAGAAGAAAACCAGAGUGAAUUAUCUCAGUUAAAACAAACUAACAGCCUUGCAAAUAAUCCUGUGGUAAGUCAUUCAGAAAAAUGUAUUAAAACAAAUAUAUUAAGUGCUACAAAUUCAGAAGAUGAAAACAUGUGGGAUAAUAAUGAUUGGGAACCUAUUGUAGAUAAAAAAGAGUCUGUUUGUAGUGUUAAAAAUAAUAUUAAACCUACAGAAUCUACAAGUAAUGAUAAUACAUGGGAGAAUGAUUGGGAACCAAUUCAAGAUAGCAAAGAUGACACAAAUAAAGGAAGCACAAAUAUUGAUACUGAUAAUGAAAAUAUGUGGGAUAAUGAUGAUUGGGAACCUUUUGAAAAAAUUGAAAAUUUCAAAUCAUAUCCAAAAGAAAAUAAACCAGAAAAUUCAUGGUCAGGUUGGGGCAAUUGGGGCGUUUCAUCUAUACUCACCACAGCAACACAAGGUGUCUCAACAUUAACAAAUCAAGUGUCCCAAAGUUUGUCCACUGUUCUAGAAAGUGGUAUAGGUAUUCCUGAUCCAAAAGAACUUGCAAGACAAGAUAAAAUUGUUGAAAAAUUAGAUGAUCCACCAGAAUGUGAUAAUAACAAACAGAAUAUUGGCUUUGGUUUCAGCAAUCUAUCAAAUUUAGUAUCAGGUGUAUCACAUUUUGUUGAAACUACAGGCAGCAAGGUAAUAACAGGUGGACUAGAUACUCUAGAAACAAUUGGCAAAAAAACAAUGGAGGUGCUGCAAGAAGGUGAUCCGGGGUUAAAAAAUAAAAGAGCCCUCCUGAAAAUCGAUACUGACAAACCAAUUCUUUCACAAGUUUUGAGGGAAGCCAAAGAGAGGUCAGAAAAGGAGAAUAAAGCAUUGCUGGAAGUACAUGCUAAGAAAAAAUUAAACUAUGAAAUUCUAUUCGAUGAUUACCAUGGCUUGGUGCAUUUGGAAGCACUGGAAAUGUUAUCAAAACAAUGUGAUAUCAAAUUACAGACACUGAGGGACAACUGCUCAGGCAAUGAACUCCAAGAACUUCUGGAAACCAUGGACCAAGUCAAAGAACUGUGCGAACUGCCAGAUGAAGAAGAUGACGAAGUUUCUACAUUCCAUGACAUAAAAGAGAAAAUCCAAAUGGCAGUCAAAGAUAUAAACGUCAGCAUAACUUACGAAAAACUGAUAUCCACCUGGCAGGAGACCGAAAAUUGGUUGAACAAUCUAAAAUUGGAUUUCUGCGACGAGUCUGAGAUCCAUCAAGAGGCUUUGCAGGUGCUGGCGCGACUCACCGCCAUCGCUGUAGAGCAGUUUCAUAGAUGUGGGGAGCUUUUGUUAGUCAAAGAGCACAGGAGUACCGCGGAUGAAGCAGACAGUUUAGUACAGUUAACAAUGGCGGUGACUUCGCUUAUCGGUUUGGUAGCUGCUAAAUUUUCAGAAAAAUUAAAUGCAAAAUCGUUUGAAUCUGGAAAUAAGGGUCCAAUUAACGAAUUAAUUACUAAUGUGUUUUUUGAGGCAGGGAAUAGUAGUUCAUAUGUGCAAGAUGCUUUCCAGUUGUUGGUACCAGUGCUGCAAGUUGGUGCUGUGUAAUACCUACCUAUUUUUUAUAAUUAUUAAUUAUUUCUAGAUAAAAUUGGUACUUUAUGAGAAAUCCUCUUAAAAUCUUUUAUGUUAUAUUUUCAAAUGUUUAUUUAUGUUUUGAAUAAUAAAUAAGAAGUAACACAUCUAUUGUAAUAUACAGUUUUUUAAAACAGUAAAAAAUCG